GAACCAUAUCUUUUAUUGUCGCGAUUAGCGAGAUUGGCUAUCAUGCAAGUACCCACCGUAUUUCUACAAAAGCCGAUCGGGUCCCAAGCUGCUGGGCAGGCGGGAAACGCCGUUCUAUCACUGGCUGCUCUCCUUCGUCCACAUGCACACCCUUUCGUCAUGAGCGUGACGGCUUGAGCUUUCGGACACACAGCGACAUCCCGGUCUCGGGUUCCCCUCAGUGUUCGACCCUUCGGUCGUUGAUUGGCUCCGGCUGAGCCUCCGUAGCUUCUACAGACGGGCCGACGAUGCAGAUUGGUCUCGCCUCUAGAACUGUCGGGUUAGGUCGCUCGACAAUUGCCCGCCGCACCACUUGCCGCGGCUGCCGUCAUAUCUCCCGGUCCGCUGCGCCGCGCCAAGCGCACCCGACCCAGCGCGUCUUCAGCCGCCGUUACUUUUCGCAGCAGUCGCACAGGCCAGGGGCCUCAUCCAAGGUGCAGGACUCCAAGUUCCGCUGGUACCCCAUCCCCGUCGGUCUCGGCGUUGGGUUUUUGGGACUGGUGCAGUUCUACAAGGUCUAUACUAGAGAGCAGGAAUGGCAGGCUGAAGAUGAGCACGAGCAACGACCGAAGAAGAGGCCGCGGGUCCGGCCGGAUGGUCCUUGGCAGGUGCGCAUCAUGUCAACCCUCCCCCUGAAGGCCAUGUCCAGGCUAUGGGGCAAGUUCAACGAAUUGACGCUCCCGACCUUCCUCCGCGUACCCGGCUUUCGACUGUAUUCAUUCGUUUUCGGCGUCAACCUAGAUGAGAUCGAAGAGACGGAUCUUCGCAAGUUCCCCAACCUGGCCGCCUUCUUCUACCGCACUCUCAAACCUGGUGCACGGCCCCUGGAUCCGAAUCCCAACGCUCUCCUAUCCCCAGCCGACGGAAGGGUUUUGCAGUUCGGACAGAUUGAAGGCGGCGACAUUGAACAAGUAAAGGGGAUGACUUACACCAUUGACGCGCUCCUUGGCCAAAACAGCCCGACCCCGAGCAUAUCGGGCCAAAGCCCACUCGACGGCCCCCCCAAGCGAGGCGCUCAAGACCAUGGGAGCGGCGAAGAACUCAUCAAACGGGACGAGGAAUUCGCCCGCGUCAAUGGCAUCUCCUACACGCUUCCAGACCUGUUCUCGGGCUCCAUGAAGAAGCGGAAGAGCAGCCUCGACCGACCCAAAGACGAAUCCGUCACGCCCUCGACCGAGUCCAUCUCCGAAGUGCGCACUGAGCUCGCCCUCGGCGAGAGGUCCUGGCUGGACUACCUCACGCCGGGCAGCCGGCACCAGCUCCACUACGCCGUCAUUUACCUCGCGCCCGGCGACUACCACCGCUUCCACUCGCCGACCAACUGGGUCGUGGAGCGGCGGCGGCACUUCGCCGGCGAGCUGUACAGCGUGUCGCCGUACCUGCAGCGCACGCUCCCCGGCCUCUUCACGCUCAACGAGCGCGUCGUGCUCCUGGGCCGCUGGCGCUGGGGCUUCUUCAGCUACGUCCCCGUCGGCGCGACCAACGUCGGGUCGAUCAAGAUCAAUUUCGACAGGGAGUUGAGGACGAACAGUCUGACGACGGACACCGAGGCGGAUAAAGCUGCCGAGGAGGCGGCGAAGCGGGGCGAGCCGUAUCUCGGUUAUGCCGAGGCCACGUACGAAGCGGCGAGCGCGGUGCUGAGGGGCCACGCGCUACGACGUGGCGAGGAGAUGGGCGGCUUCCAGCUGGGCAGCACUAUUGUGCUUGUGUUUGAGGCCCCGGCUGCGGAGCAUGACGAGAGUGGCGGGCACAAGGGCGGGUGGCAUUGGAACGUGGAGAGGGGGCAGCGGGUCAAGGUUGGACAGGCGCUGGGAUAUGUGGAUGCUUAGAUCUGCCGUGGUAAUAAGGCGUAGAAGAAGAAGAAAAAAAAGAAAAGAGGUGUAUUUGGGUAAUGGUUGUAAUGCUUGAUCUCCAAAAAUAGACUUGUGGCUCUUCUGGUUUGUUACGACGAUACCUGGGGUGCAAUUAAGACGAGAUGUGUGCACUGAAGUGGCUACAAAGGCAUUAAAAA